UUCCCACUGGCCGCCUCUUGAACGAUUCCAACAAGGUGGAAAGAUGAGGAAAGUUAGCAGUUAGCAGUUAGCACCCGGCUCGACGACCACUCGGUGAUAAUGCCCUUGGUUUUCAGGCACGUGUGCGUCUGCUCUUGUGAAACAUGACGACAGAAAUGAGCAAAGAGAAUGAAAGGAUUGAGGUGGACCUGGCUUCUGGAUCAGCCAAGCCCUACGGGUCCUCGAGAAGCAUUGUGAGGAGAAUAGCUACUAAUCUUCCCCUCCAACCCUGCCCCAGGGUUCAUUUUCAGCUUCAUCCGUACGCUGAGAACUCUGGUGUCUUGAGGAGGCAGAACUGUCAGGUGGCGUCUCUGGCUGAUGUCAGCUGGAUUGACCAGGAUGACGACGAGGAUGAGGAGGAGGGGGAGGAGGAGGAUGAAGAUUACUUAGGCAGACCGAGCAGGUCAGGGAUUCCACAAGGAUUUGUCUUUCGAGCCCAGCGCCCUCAUCCUGGGAGAAGACCGUUAAACCGCCGCAGGUCACUACCCAGCCUGCACCAGGGGGCUCCUGACCCUCAGGGGCCAUCAAAAGUCAACGAUGAGGCCAUUCAGAAGAUCGGUGCUCUGGAGACAGAACUUGCCAAACUCAGAAUACAGAUAGCGCAAAUUGUCCUGGCUCAGGAAAAGAACACACAGCCAGGACCCCCAAUGCCCCCCCCUGCGCCCUCUGGUACCCUACCUCCCCCUCCCCCGCCUCCUCCCCCACCACCACCACCUCCCCCACCACCUUCGAGCCUCCAGCGGACAUUUUCAGCCAUAGACUUGAUAAAAGAGCGCAGAGGGAAGAAGACAGACGGGGAGACGAUUUUGGAGUCGAGGUCGGCAGAUAUCCCCAGCAUGCUGGAUAUCCUGAAGGACAUCAACAAAGUCAAGUUGCGAUCAGUCAAAAGUCGUCCGUCAGAAGGCGAUGGUAGACUAAAGUCCAGUGGGCCUAUGGAUCCUGCCGCUCUCAUCGCUGAGGCCCUGAAGCGCAAAUUCGCCCACCGCUAUCGACACAACAGUGAACACGAGGACAAGGAGGAUUUCCAACUUCCAGUUCCAGAAGUUAAGCCUCGAACAGAAACCCCUUUGUUUGGGCAGCACAUGUUGAAGUCAACUGGAAAAAAGAACUUGCUGUGAACAGCUUCUUCUGAACUCAGAGUCCAACGAGUGCUGUGGACAUUUUGAAGUGCCUUAUCAACACUUUUAAUACCUGCUGGAAGGGCAAGGGAUUCUGCCUGAGCUCGACGACGGGCCGCUCCAAGUAUGGGUCAUCUCUAAAGUGUCACAUCCAAUGAUCAGCCUCAUGUUUUUUGCACUUUUAUAACAUAGCAUUCACAAUCUGUUUUAUGGAAGUGAUUUUUUUUUUUUGUCCUGAGAGAAAAUGUCAAAGGCACCAAGUGCUGGUUGAAGCAACACUACACAAUACUUUUAUGUUAUUAAAUUGAAUAAGUCUUCAUUAGGUUUGUAUUAAAAAUGGUGCACACAUCAGUUUUAUAUCCCAGUUCCUAAUUGCUCUGUAAAAGCUUAAGUUCUUCUACUGCAGAAGGAAGCUAGCACCUUUUUACCUGUGGGAUAUUGUGAUGUCUUGUUUAUACACGUAGACAGACCAGUGGACUAAUUUAUAAUUGGAAUACAAGUAUUUAUGUUGGGGUUUAAAUAGUUUUUUCUGUUAACAUAAUUAUAAUAAUAAUAUUCCUUCCAUCAAUCUGUUAUUUUUUUCGUUUUUUGUUGAUCCUGUGUCAUAGUUGCUAAUAUUGCCACUUAUUAUUAUUUUUUGUUGGUUCUAAUAUAUGUUUCCCAGUUUUAGUUGAUGUAAUUUAUCUCUACUACGAUUUGCUUUUAAGAGCCAAAGACAUUCCAGUGAUGCCAGUGUUUAAAUGCCAAAUCCUUUUUCUUUCUUUUAAAAAAAAAACUUAUCUUGUUUCCCAUGAUGCUUUUUUGCAGAACACUAACACGUUUCCCAGAACAAAGACUCAUUGUUCAGUAUCAACACUUAACAAAUACAGUGAUUGUAGAUAACUAAAAAAAUACAUUGCUUAUUUAAAGAAGUCAUGGGAAGGUUCAUGCUGUUUUCAGUAUUCCAGAGGUUUAGAUGUUGCCAGUAAUCAUGUUUCCAAGCCUCAGUCCAGAAAUGUGACCUAUCAACUCAUUGCAGUUGAGGUUUUUAGGCAGUAUGUAAUUCAAAGUGACUGAUUGCACAUUGAUACCUGUUUUAUUUAUGUUAGUGCAGUUGCUGCUUGUCGUCAAAUCUGAAGUUUUUAUAAGGGAAAGUGGAACAGUUGUGUCAUAGAUUUAAAUUUAUAAAGCUAAAAUGUUGUAGAAAAGUUGUCUUCCAUGAAAAUGAACUUGAACUGUCGAGUCUGAAUAAAAUUUUAUCGUCA